GAUGAUGAAGAUUCAAACCUGCUAAUUCUCAGCUACCCCCAGUACUGUCGAUACCGCUCCAUGUUAAAGCGCAUUCAGGACAAGCCUUCUUCAGUGCUAACAGACCAGUUUGUUUUAGCCCUGGGUGGCAUUGCAGUAACAAGCAAGAACCCCCAAAUCUUCUACUGUCGGGAUACAUUUGAUCAUCCAACUCUUAUAGAAAAUGAAAGUAUAUGUGAUGAGUUUGCGCCAAAUCUUAAAGGGAGACCACGCAAAAAGAAGCCAUGCCCACAGAGGAGAGACUCAUUAAACGGCAUUAAGGAUUCCAACAAUAAUUCCGAAAGCAAAGCUGUUGCCAAGGUAAAAUGUGAGGCUAAGUCAGCUUUGCCCAAACCCAAGAGUAACAACAGCAACUGUAAAAAAGGCUCAAGUGAGGAUAAAUCAAAGAUUGCCGUAGGUGAAGAAUGCAGAGCUGAUGAGCAGGCUUUCCUUGUGGCACUUUAUAAAUAUAUGAAAGAAAGGAAAACACCAAUUGAACGAAUACCCUAUUUAGGUUUUAAGCAGAUUAACCUUUGGACUAUGUUUCAAGCUGCUCAAAAACUGGGAGGAUAUGAAACAAUAACAGCUCGUCGACAAUGGAAACAUAUUUAUGAUGAAUUAGGUGGUAACCCUGGAAGCACAAGUGCUGCUACAUGUACUCGCAGACAUUAUGAAAGAUUAAUCCUGCCAUAUGAAAGAUUUAUUAAAGGAGAGGAAGAUAAGCCACUGCCUCCAGUGAAACCUCGAAAACAGGAUAGCAGUUCCCAGGAGGGUGAAGUGAAAACAAAAGUGUCUGGAACAAAACGCAUCAAAAAUGAAAACCAAAAGAGCAAGAAGGAAAAAGAUAACACACAGAAACCCCAGGAUGCAUCUGAGGUUUCAUCAGAACAAGAGAAGGAUCAAGAAGCGGCAGACCAGAAAAAUUUUCCCGAACAUCCUACAGCAGGAGAGAUGAAACAAACCAUGCAAGGUCCCCGAUCUCUUUCACCAGAGGCAGCUCGGCCACCACCUCUGGAAAAGACAGACUUGACAGAAAACAGCUCCAACAGUGAGAAGGGCAAGCAGGAAGUCCAGCACUCAUCCUCUUUCUCAAGUAUAUCAAUGCCCUCAGAGGAGGAGACCAUGCUGGAUGCCACCAACGCCAAGCGGCUGCACCCCUCAGCAGAUGCCCUGGAAGACACAAAGCCAGAACAAAGGUUACACAAAGCUUUUAGUGACUGCUUAGAAAGUGAACCCCCAGAAAUGCCCUUCACAGCUUUCCCAGUCCAGCUGCCCACUCAAAGCGACAUGGAAGAUGACAAAUUGCCACAGAUGGCCGAUUACAUCGCAAACUGCACAGUCAAAGUGGAUCAGCUGGGAAACGAAGAUAUCCACAAUGCGCUCAAGCAAACACCCAAAGUGCUGGUGGUCCAGAACUUCGACAUGUUCAAGGAGAAGGAGCUGCCUGAUUCCAUGAACAAUGACUCCACUUUUGGGUACACACCGCUCCUCUACUCAAAGGGUAACCCGGGCAUCAUGUCACCCCUAGCAAAGAAAAAGCUGCUGUCCCAGGUCAGCGGGGCCACCUUGUCUUGUAGCUAUCCGUACGGUUCUCCUCCACCUUUGAUCAGCAAAAAGAAACUAAGCAGCAGAGAUGAGCUGUCCUCAAGCAUAUCACAAAGUCCCCACACCCUUAAUUCGGAUCCUGUAGCAAUUAAUAGGCCAUCAGUCAUUCAACACGUACAGAGUUUUAAAACCAAGGAAGAAAGGAGGUCGAUUAAUGAUAUUUUUAAGCAUGACACGCUAAGUAAACCAGAUCAUCAGCGCUGUGAUUUUUCAAAACAUCACCUCAGUUCUCUUGCCGAGUCGUAUGUACAGAAGGCAGAUAUCCAGGACUGCAAAGAUAAAAUGAGUGAGAAAAGGGCACUGCAUCACUCCCAUGUGCCCACUUUCUUGGCAGAUUUUUAUUCAUCGCCUCAUCUGCACAGCCUUUAUAGGCACACAGAACACCACCUUAAUAAUGAACAGACAUCAAAGUAUCUCCCUCGGGACAUGUUCAGAGAGUCAGAAAAUAUUUCUACUUUUACUCAACACAAACACCAAGAAAAACUAAAUUUAAAUUAUCACCCAUCUUUGCAUCAGCAAGAAAAAAAGGCAGCAGUAGAGGCCUCUUCAGAUGAUCAGCCAACAGAUUUGAGUCUUCCAAAGAGCGUACACAAACAGACUGCAAAGGCGCUGGGCACCAGCCUCCCUCAUUCAUCCAUGGCACAGCAAGAAGGCAAAAACAUCUCCCAGUUCCCAGCUGCAAGCAGCCAGGCUGUGAGCCUAGACUGCAACCCCAAAGCCUGCCGCGUGUCCCCCAUGGCCAUGGCGGUCCCUAAAAAACACAGUGAGCUGCUGCACAGGUCGGGGAAACAGCAGGCCCAGAGACUGGAGAACCUGAGGAAGAUGGAGGGGAUGGUGCAUCCCAUCAUCGGCCGCAGGGCGAGUCCUCAAACCAUCGGAGCUGCCCGGCCUUUGAAACGGAGCCUGGAGGAUUUGGACAAGGUCAUUUCUGAAAAAAAAAUCCGAGCUGUCUCUCCUCUGCACUUACCAAAGGAGACCCCGGCGAAAGAAAAGGUUCCCGAUCCGGAGGGGGAAGGCAGCAAGUCCAUGCAUGGCCUACAUUCUGGCAACAUGUUGGAAAGCCACAAAUUUCCCCUUUCAACCCCUAUCUUCACAGGCCUGUACCCAGGAACACUGUGUGCAGGGCUGAACAAUCGCCUCCCGCCCGGGUAUUCUCAUCCUUUACAGUACUUGAAAAAUCAGACCGUGCUUUCCCCACUAAUGCAACCUUUGGCUCUUCAUUCCUUCAUGGUGCAGAGACAAUUCCUUACGUCCCCUGCAAAUUCACAACAACUGUACAGACACUUAGCUGCAGCAACACCUGUAGGAAGUUCAUACGGUGACCUUUUGCAUAAUAGCGUUUAUCCUUUAGCUGCUAUAAACCCUCAAGCUGCAUUCCCAUCUUCCCAGCUGUCCUCUGUACAUCCCAGCACAAAACUGUAAAUUCCUUCACUCACACAAAAAGAAUCUGAGGAAAAAAAAAUGUUAAGUUAGUGACAUUCCUUCCCCUGUGAUGAUGUCUUGCAGAAUGAGCAAUCUGUAUUUUCGUUAAGCAGGAUACAGUCUUACCCCGUGCAGUGGAACGCUUCCAAAUCGGAUCCAGACAGGACUGCUGCUUUAAUUCUGGCUCCCACAUCACCCCCUCUCCCCUGUGCCCGCCACCCUGCAAAAA